AACAACAUAACCAAAACAAAUCCCACAAAAGCGAUCGGAUCGUGAGACAGAGCAGAACGUAAUAUCAAGGAUCUUCUGUUGGUUUCGAUAACGAGGUCAAAGUACUCUUCCAGUUUCUAAUAGAUAGUAACUUUAGGUAGUCGUGCGUUUUGAGAAUAAUAUUUUCUUAGUGCAGUUCCGUUCGAGUUGAUGACAAUUUCUGAAAUCUUCAACAGCCAGUGAUAAUGUUCCGUCGCACGUUAACCGUUUCCUAUUCGCCACAUCGGAACAACUACGUUACCCUGCCGGACAAUUACUUCCGGAUGCUGUCUAGUUACAAAAACGGCUGUUUGAGCAUAACGCGCGGCAUCGACAACUUUUACAUGUCGUGGUCUCCGUACGGUGGCGGUGGCUACCAGGACAACCGGAUCGGCAUAAACGCACAAGUCGCCGGUACGAUGGGUUUGAAGGAGGGUGACAUGGUUAUGGUGGCACUGGUUAUGGAGGUGCGAUCGCUCAAAACGGUCGAGGUCACGGCCGCUUCCGAGAAGGAUUGGAAUGUGUUGCAAGUGAGUAGCAACAGAGUACAAUCGAUUUUGCUGGACCAAACGAGAGUUGUAACAAAGGGGCAAAGUUUGGUAGUUUGGAUUAACGAUUCGAUCACCAUUCGAAUCAAGAUAAAAUUCACAAUCCCUCCCCUCCCAUACGGUCGGCUGGAGAACGACACCGAACUAGUUGUGGAGCCGUACAAAACAAUGCUGAAAAAGGAUCCUGACCCACCGGCAGCACUGGUACGAAGCAAUACCAACCUUAGCAUUGCCGAGCUCGUUCGGCAACGCAACUUGCAGCGUUCAAAGGUAAACUCGGUGGAAAAUGGAACCCAGGAAAGUUUUGUGAACUCAGCCGGUCUCAUUACACCGUCGGCUUCUGAAGCAACGAUCGGAAAGAAACGACCAACCACGUGGUAUCGGAAUAGUAACGGGUUAGAAAAUGGAUUAGCCGAUCACAACGACGGUAUAAAGAAACUCGAGAAGGAAAAGAACGUCAUUAAGCGAAGAUCCGCGGCAGGUGGCGUCCCCUGUAAUGGUGUCACCGGUAAAGCACAGACGGCCGUUCGAAAUUCGCUCUUCGAGAAUGAUCUAGAAAAGCAUUUGAACAAAUUACAAACGAGUAAAUCUAUGGCUAACUUCAUAAGCGAACAGGAUGAGAAGGUGAAACCGAAUGACCAUAACCAUAAGAACAAAAGUCAGUAUCUGGACAGUUUAGUAGCCACGUUAACGCGGGAAGUUCCGAAGAAUUUCGAAUUUCGAGUAAUUGGCGGUGUUUGGAACUGCCGGCGGAACAACUCACAGAUUUGUGAUAUCUAUAUCACCAAAGAGAACAUCCCCCAGGGGAUGGAUAUCAAUCAGCCUUUUCUGCUAACGACAAACGACGAUCGGGAUUAUUUCGUGAACGUGCGAAUGGCGACUGACGUAGAUCAGUUUCCGCGAAAUAUCUACCCGACGGUUGAGAUAAAUGACAAACUGAUGGAACAGUUGGAGAUCAAUCAUGGGGAAAAGGUAACACUGAAGGCGAAGCAGAAUGCUUUGAACAUUGUCGACAUGAUUGAAUUGGUGCCGGUUGCUAAGCUAGCCUCGAAAGUUGAAGCAGAUAUAGUGGAAAAGUUUAAAGAAUUUAUUCUGUUCAACUCUAAAGUAUAUCCGGUACUGUUAAACCAGGGACAGGUGUUUAAACUGCCCGAAUACUAUCUAACCAUCAAACUUCAACCGGCUAAUUUGAAGUACUGCCUUGUAAACGGGGUGAUUUUGAGGCAGAGUAAAAUUAUCUGCUCGGGUGAGGUCAAAAGUUUAGAAACGGUGGUUUCUAGUGUGGAAGACGAGAAAAAGAAGAAACCGGUUGAGCCGGCUGAGUAUGAACCUAAGCAUGUAAAAAUCGAUAAGUUUCAAGAGAUUUUGAAUGAAUGCGUGGAUCAGUUGAAGUUCAACCUAUGCCUCGAUGAUAGAAGCACAGUUCGAAGGAGCUGUAACAUUAUAAUUGCGGGACCUGAGCAGAGCGGCAAAAAGGCACUCUGCAGAGCGAUUAUGUACCAACUCUCGAAGGCUCCGUUUCACUGUUUUACCACCACAUUUAGUUGUUCGAAACAUAAGGGUCGCAAGCCAGACUCCAUUCAGAAAGAUUUGCGUCACUGUUUCUAUCUGUGUAUGUUCCACAGCCCGGCUGUGAUAUAUUUGGAAGGAUUAGAUGUUUUGACACACCAAGCGGGUGAGCAAAAUACACAAGAUGCAGAGUAUCAUAACAAAGUUUCUGAUGUAUUUCGAAAGCAAAUCGAAGAGUUCACAAGCAAUAAUGCCAUAUCCGUACUUGCAUCUAUAGGCAGUGUUAACAAUCUAAAUCGAAGACUGUACUCGUCUCGUGGGUUUCAUUUGUUCCGCCACAUCCGAAGGCUGCCAAAUAUUGAUAAGACUGAUAGAGAAAUCGUGAUAAAAAGUCUGCUGGUGAACAAACAGUGCAAGUUAGAGAAAAAGAUUAACUGGAAGCGACUGGCUAAUGCAACGGAGGGCUACACCAUCGGUAGUCUGGUGCAGAUGGUCGAUCGAGCUGUUUUUUACGCUUUUAAGCAUGAUUCUAAACACCCUCGGAUUGCGGAAAGCAUGAUCAACUGUGCAUUGGACGUAACCAAUUCCUACUGUCUGCAGGGUAUCGAAAGUCACAAGCAGACGAACGAUGCCGAUGCUGACGAUCAUGUUCCGGGUGAUCGGGUGCCGGGUUUGGAAAAUGCCAUUGAAGUAUUCCAGGAGGUGUUGAUGUGGCCGAGUAAAUUUCCGAAGAUUUUUGAAAAUUCUCCAUUGCGAAAUCAGGCCGGCAUAUUGCUGUUUGGUCCUCCAGGCACGGGAAAAACCUAUCUUGUGGCAAAAUUGGCCAAAACGUGGAACUUGCGGAUGAUCUCAGUGAAGGGCCCGGAACUGCUAGCCAAGUAUAUCGGACAAAGUGAGGAAAAUGUACGAAACCUGUUCGACCGAGCCCGGAGCGCAAAACCUUGCGUACUAUUUUUCGAUGAAUUCGAUAGUUUGGCACCACGGCGGGGCCAUGAUUCGACGGGUGUUACGGAUCGCGUUGUGAACCAGCUGCUUACUGAACUGGAUGGUGUGGAGGGUUUGAAGGGAGUAACGGUGAUUGGUGCGACAUCUAGACCCGAGCUUUUGGAUCCGGCUCUGCUGCGUUCGGGAAGAAUCGAUCGCCUGGUGGAGUGUAGUAUACCGGAUGAGAAAUCCCGUUUGGCCAUCUUUAAAACCCACAGCAGCAGUUUGAAAUUAGCAUCUGACGUACAUCUGUCGCAAUUUGCUAAAAAAUCAAGUUGUUACACCGGUGCGGAUAUCCAAAGCGUUCUGACUACGGCCAACAUGCUGGCGGUGCAGGAGUGUUUGUCCAAUGCUAUCGACGAUGAGCAUGUUCCGGAGCAGAUAACGAUUAACCAGAGGCAUCUCAUGGAAGCAUUUGCCAGCACGCGCCCUUCAUUAAGUCCACAGGAUGUGCAGAAAUACAAGGUUACUUACGCACGAUUCACUAACAAAGAACCACCUUCGAGGGAUUUUGUGGCGAAAAGGGCCACGCUGGCGUAAGUAAAUGCCUGUUUUUAUGUUUUCUGCUACCUUUAGUUAGUUUGAGGUUUUAUCAGCUGCGGUGAUAUUGUUACUUAGGUUUAACGUGGAAAGGUAUAAAAGACAAACAUUUCAUA